AUGGAAGGUUGUUUCAGUCCGAAGGAUUUGCAGGAAGGCGUUACAGAAUUUAAUUGCCCGCCCAGGAUGAUCCGACGUCGAGGACGAUUUUACGCAGGCGGGCGCGAGAAAGUUAGGACCGAGGGAUAUCGGCCCCUCGAGCGAUUUCCCCAGGAUCUUGCAGAAACAGGACCGCAUGCACCGCUUAAAGGCGCCGGCGACGAUAUUUGGCAUCCCUCGGAAGCGCUUGACACUCAAAAUGCGCAGGAUUAUGACCCGAGACAGGUGCCCGAAUACGAGAUGAAGUUCAAACAAGCAGUGACGGCGGAGGAUGUUUAUCUGGGAAUGGGGUUUAAAACGCCAAGCACGGCAUCCUGCGAAUGGCUGUCGGUACUGGUGAAAUUGCCCCAGGAAACGCGGGAAAAGGUGGAGCUCUCUGUGGAAUCCGAAGCGAUCGACGUGCGCAGCCCAAGAUAUCGGCUGCACCUACCGACACUGCAUCCGGUGGAUCCCAACGCAUCCUCCGCCAAGUGGCACAAUGACACUUCCACCCUAGAGAUCACCUUGAAGCUUGCGCGCGAACUGGAUGGAAUAAACUUUUGAUUCUGGAUUGUCACUGGAUCUCGUCAGUU